AUGGCGCUCGUCAACGCUUUCUCGUCCCUUUCCAUCGCGGCGCCCGCCAAGGCCGCCGGCCUCGGCUUCAAGAAGGCCGUCGCCGCCUUCGUGCCCGCCCCCGCGGCUCGCGUCUCCGCCUCCCGCGCGGUUUUCACCGUCGAGGCGAAGCAGAACAAAAAGGCUCGCACGAUUCAGGGUUCGCGUGUUCAGCUCCCGCGCGUCGCCGCUGCGUCGCGUCGUCGGACGCCGGCGCGACACGUCGCGGCGAAAAACCGAGACCCUAAAACCUUUUUCCCUGGCCGCUCGGGUGACGAUUUUUUCCCCACUCGGUGGCUGACCUAUGCCCGCCUCUCAUCCCUUUCGCUGCAGUCCCGCAACGAGCGCCUCUACAACAAGAUGAGGAAGAGCGAGAUCACCACCCGCAUGAAGAAGGUUUUCCUCAAGGCGACCGCGCUCGGCGCGCAGGAGGCGUGCUCCGAAGAGGAGAUUGGCGACCUCGAGAAGCUCAUCUCGGAGGCGACCAAGGCGGUGGACAAGGCUAUUGCCAAGGGGGUGCUUCACAAGAACACCGGCGCGAGGCGGAAGUCCCGCAUGUCCAAGUACAAGCAGGACCUUCGCCGCAGCAAGGGCCUCCUCACGGCGUAA